AGUCCCACAGCAGACCAGCCUCACGUCGCUUUACGGUAAAGGCCAGUACGGGAAAGACAAAGGGCUACGGGCAGAAGAGGGCGGGGUGCGUAUUUUUAUCCUUGGGUUAAAGCAGGAAGACCCGGAGGUACUUGUCAGGUAGCUGCCACAAGGCACGCAGCAAAACCGCCCAGCCCACGAUUACCUGGAGAGAGGGUGCGGCCAUCCUAGGAGGCCAGCCUCUGUAGCCCCACCCCCUCGCGUCGUCACCAGAGAGUGCGGGUUGCGAUUGGCUGGAUCCGCCACGGAGGCGGAACCUCAGCAGCCGGGGCGCGCUUGCGCUCGAGGAAGGCGUUGAGCAGAGUAGAGAGGGAAGGGGCGUGGCUCCGCGCGGAAAGCCGUUGGCAGCCGGGUCCCACCCCGGAUGUUCUGCGUCACGGAACGGGCCGCAGCGAUUGGCCGGUGUGGCGCGGCGCAUUGGGAGGGGCGGAAGGUUCUGGAGGGCUGGCGGGAUCUGGAAGCUUCCGCCGGACGGGUAUAUAGAGUCCGGGACGGGGCAGCAGCGGAGCCGGAGGCGGCGACAGCUGGGCGGCGGUGGCCAUGGGCAAGGACUACUACCAGACGCUGGGCCUGGCCCGCGGCGCGUCCGACGACGAGAUCAAGCGAGCCUACCGCCGCCAGGCGCUGCGCUACCACCCGGACAAGAACAAGGAGCCCGGCGCCGAGGAGAAGUUCAAGGAGAUCGCCGAGGCCUACGACGUGCUCAGCGACCCGCGCAAGCGCGAGAUUUUCGACCGCUAUGGAGAGGAAGGUCUGAAGGGUGGCGGCCCCAGUGUCGGGAGCAGUGGCGGUGCUAACGGUACCUCUUUCAGCUACACAUUCCACGGAGACCCUCACGCCAUGUUUGCUGAGUUCUUUGGGGGCAGAAACCCCUUUGAUACCUUUUUUGGGCAGCGCAACGGGGAAGAGGGCAUGGACAUCGAUGACCCAUUCUCCACGUUUCCAAUGGGUAUGGGUGGCUUCACCAAUGUGAACUUUGGACGUUCCCGCCCUACUCAAGAGCCCACCCGGAAGAAGCAAGAUCCCCCUGUCACCCACGACCUUCGAGUCUCCCUUGAGGAGAUCUACAGCGGCUGUACCAAGAAGAUGAAAAUCUCCCACAAGCGGCUGAACCCUGAUGGAAAGAGCAUUCGAAAUGAAGAUAAGAUCCUGACCAUCGAAGUGAAGAGGGGCUGGAAGGAAGGGACCAAAAUCACCUUCCCCAAGGAAGGGGACCAGACCUCCAACAACAUUCCAGCUGACAUCGUCUUUGUUUUAAAGGACAAGCCACACAAUAUCUUCAAGAGAGAUGGUUCUGAUGUCAUUUAUCCAGCCAGGAUUAGCCUUCGGGAGGCUCUCUGUGGUUGCACUGUGAAUGUCCCCACUCUGGACGGCAGGACCAUCCCUGUUGUAUUCAAAGAUGUCAUCAGGCCUGGCAUGCGGCGGAAAGUCCCUGGAGAAGGCCUCCCUCUCCCCAAAACACCUGAGAAACGCGGAGACCUUGUUAUCGAGUUUGAAGUGAUCUUCCCCGAAAGGAUCCCCAUCUCAUCCAGAACCAUCCUGGAGCAGGUUCUUCCCAUAUAGCUGCCUGCAUUCCUCAAGGACUGAGCCAGGGACCUUUCCAGAGCUGCAGGAUUCCAGACCGCUCCACUGGUUGCAUACUGCGGGAGGGCCCAGGGAGGGCUUUUGCUCUGCCGAAUGUUUUCCACAGAAUAUAUUACAAUCUUUCAAAGUCGCGCACUAGACUACAGUGGUUUUUCGAGCGAUAGGUAGGCGGUGGGAACAGCCCUCCUGGAAUGGACCCACCCUGUGCGCCCCAGCUCUUGCCCAAGGGGUGAGGCAGGCCUGCAACUGGACUCUUCCCCUCGGUUGUCCUUACUUUCUGGCUGUCAUAUGACAGUAGCCCACCAUCUCAGUUGCCAGACCCUGUGCACUAGUCAGUCUCCACUGUGUGAGAGGUUCUUGUUUUAUUCUGUAUUGUCCCAUGCCUGUUCCUCCUCCCCACAAGAAUCCUGUCUUGUCUUGGCCAUCUCAAAUUGAGACCAAUUCUGUAGGACUGCCAGGCCUGCAUCACAGCAGUACCUGGUUGCAGGACCACAGGGCAGCUUCCUUCCAGGUUCUGGGGCCUGGACAGCCAGGAGAUCCCAGACCUCGGCUCUAUUGGGAUCAGAUGGCUUCCAGUCGCAGUACUUGCUGGGCCAGAGCUAGUCCUUGGACACACCUGGCACUUCUCAGAGGCACAGGUGAUUUUUUUUGUGUGUGUGUGAGUGUGAGUGUGUGUUUGUGUGAUGGACUCUGAACUUUCUCAAAAGGAUACAAUCUUUUUGAAUUUUGCACAGUCCUAGAUAUAAUCCCUUUUGAUAAAAGGGUCUUUGCUUCUGAUGAAAGGAGCACUGUGGAACGUAUGUAAAUAUGUUUUUAUAAUUCCAUUCAAAGCUGGUGUGCACUCAGAUGAAAACAGUCCCUGUCAACUACUGUCUGUCCAGGGCUGUGGUGGGAUCAGGCCUGGGAAGUGAAAGUAUCUGUUCUUUGGAGCUAGCCUGGUGCUCUACCAGUCGACUCAUUGUAAGUUGCCACUACCAACACAAGACCAAAGUGUGUGACUUGUCAUUAUGCAGUGUGACAGCAUUAAAGACUGAUGCUAAACCUCA